AUGUUGUGCAUACCAAUCUGGACGUCAGCCGUCCUUUUCUUCCUUGCCGGCCCAUCUCAAGCUGGACAUGCCGAUUUCCAUAGUUAUACUUCUGGGUUCAGUCGUCAUCAUGGAGGAGGUCAUCAAAGAUUCCAUCGGUCCGUCCCUGCUCUGGAGGCCCAUGGGGUGUCCUAUAUCGACAAGAGAGGCGGCCAAUGCCAGUUCCCUACGGAUGCUGGACUGGUAGCUGUUACCCCCAAGGCGAUGAAUGCUGGCUGGGCUAUGAGUCCCGACCAGCCCUGUAAGCCUGAUAGCUAUUGUCCCUAUGCUUGCCCCCCUGGCCAAGUUAUGGCACAAUGGGACCCAAAGGCCACUGCUUACACCUAUCCCGCUUCAAUGAAUGGUGGCCUAUACUGUGAUAAAAGUGGAAAGAUUAGCAAGCCGUUCCCUGAGAAGCCGUACUGCGUUGAUGCCUCGGGCCCUGUUAAAGUCAAGAACAGCUGUGGAGGAGUGGUUUCUUUCUGCCAGACUGUCCUUCCAGGAAAUGAGGCUAUGUUAAUCCCUACCAGCGUGCAUGAUACCGCAGAUCUCGCAGUUCCCGAUCCGUCCUACUGGUGCUCAACCGCCGCUCAUUACUAUAUCAACCCUCCAGGUACUGACACUGAUACUGCCUGUGUAUGGGGAACUAACGCCAACCCAUGGGGUAACUGGUCUCCGUAUGUCAGUGGUGCAAACACCGAUAGCAGUGGGCAGAAAGAGAGAGAGAGAGAGAGACAGGUCUCGUCGGAAACGGCAACUCCCUUCAGGGAUGAGAGCCCAAAGUUCGGUGUCAAGGUUGAAUGCGAGGGGUGCAAUGGACUCCCUUGUGAAAUCGACCCAGCCAAGAACAAGGUCAAUGAUAUCACUGGUAGUGGUACUGAUGGUGCAGGUGGUGCUGCCUUCUGCGUCGUAACUGUUCCCAAGGGUACCCAGGCCACUAUUGUUGUCUUCGAAGCUGGUAACAGUGGUGGCUCCGGUGAUAACGGAAAUGGUAAUAAAGAUGAGAAGCCAAAGGAUGGCGGCAAGGAAGAGCCCAAGCCAUCUUCAAGCUCUUCCUCGCCUGCUCCGUCGUCCACUCCUUCAAGCUCGUCCACUACGCAAUCGCCGACCGCUACCUCCACGUCCGCCUCGUCCAGCUCCGAAAACACUCCGACGCCAACUAGUCCUUAUUCGAGUAAGUCUAGCUCUACUACGUCAUCGUCUGCGACUGCGGCUUACUCCACCACCUCGAAAUAUCCAGACGCCUACAUGCCAUCGCCCCACGUAUUUAUCGAGAGCCCUAGCUCAUCCGUCCACCAUCCCACCAAUGGCUCCUCAAUCAUCAUGCCGACCCCCACCAACUCCGAAAUAGCUCCUGCUCCAACUCAUAAUAACGCUGCUUCGGCUACCGCAAUCUCCGUGAUGAGUCUCAUGCUCAGCUUCCUGGUCGUCUCGAUAUUCGUGAACUUUUAA